AUGCGUCUCUCUUUCCUCUAUUCGUUGUUGGCCAUCGUGGUCCCCGCUGUCCUCGCCGACUGGCAAUUCCGUUCACGAUCAGAUCUAGCCGUCCCACGACUCAACAUUACAAUCCCGGCAACCAAGGAUGUAGAACAAGGCUAUCUCUUCGUCGCCCCCUUUGCAGGAUUCGAAGACGAUGCACAUCAUCAGUACGGCCCCAGACAGGCUGGACCCUACAUCUUCCGUGACAAUGGAGAUCUCGUUUGGUCGGGCUACGGCUAUUACAGCAUCUGGGCCACAAACUUCCAAAAGGUGCGAUGGAAUGGGCGAGACGUGCUCGCUUCUUUCGAGGGUGAUCACAAUCCUCUCUAUGGACACGGCCACGGCCACAUCACCUUCCUGGAUCAACACUACGAGACCAUUCGCGAGUUGCGAGCCGGGCACCACAAGAUCUCCGACAAGCAUGAGUUCCACGUGAUCGACGAAAAGACCGCCCUGAUCCAGAUCUACCAGCCCGUGCCUCGCGAUUUGUCCAAAUUCGGGGCAAAGCCCGAUCAGCAGUGGAUUGUGGAUGCUAUUUUCCAAGAACUCGACAUCGAAACCGGCAAAGUUCUCUUCGAAUGGUCUAGCCUGGACCACAUCUCGCCAGCAGAGAGCGUUCUCCCCAUCAAUCCUGGCCAGGCCGGGUCAGGAUACAACAGCAGCGACGCCUGGGACUACUACCACAUCAACUCCGUCGACAAAGACAAGGCGGGUAAUUAUCUGCUCUCCGCCCGAGACGCAUGCACUGUGCACAAAGUCAACGGAACAGACGGGUCCAUCAUCUGGCGUCUCGAUGGCAAGCGAAGCUCCUUCAAGCUCGGGAAGGGCGUCAAGUUCUGCUUCCAGCAUCACGCCCGCUUCCUCCACCAGGAAGGUGAUAUCGAGAUUAUCAGCCUGUACGACAACUCCGCUCAUGGAUCGGAAGAUGAGCCGGGGAAAGGAAUCCAUACCGCAAAGACCAGUAGCGGGAAGAUCAUCAAGCUGAACACCACCAGCUGGACGGCGGAGCUGGUACAAGGCUUCUAUCCCCCGGAUGGACUGCUGUCCAAGUCUCAAGGCUCCACGCAGGUGUUGCCGAAUCGGAACGUCUUGGUCAACUGGGGGUCCGAAGGCGCCAUGACUGAGUAUUUGCCUAACGGCACCGCCAUCUUCCACGCUUACAUGGACUCGGGCUUCCUCGAUUUGGGCGUAGAGAACUACCGUGCAUAUCGCUACAAUUGGACCGGCCUUCCGAAUGAGGAUCCUGCGAUCGCGGCAUUCGUGGACGACGAAACAGUUUCCAUCUACGUGAGCUGGAAUGGAGACACUGAGACGCACACUUGGAGGUUCUUUGGAUACGAUGAUGACGGGAAACGUACGCAUCUUGGAGAUGUGACGCGGAAGAGCUUCGAGACGUCUCUGCAUGUGCCUGAGAAGGAUAUUCUGUUCGUGUCCGCGGAGGCCAUCGGGGCGUCUGACAGCAUCCUCAGAACUACACGUCUUGCCCCUAGUCGUCCGGAGAUCCUGAAAGUUGAACCGGGCAGGAGAUACACAUCGUUCCAGAACGAUGCCGAACAGUAUCCGCUGGUAUAG